ACGAGCGAAUCGCAUUGACAGAUGGUCCGCGGGGAUGUUUCCUUGAUGACAGGGUCAACAACAUGGCGCUGCCCAUGGUUUAAAGUAUGAGUCUGUUCAUUGAGAUGUCUUCGUCAAGUUUGCCGUUCAAUUUGAGAAACAGCGACGCAGCGUCGGAGUCGGAAUCAUCGUCUCCAUUCUGACGAACUCUGCAUUUGACUUUGAGGACGUAAAGGACGUCAGCGGAGUCAGUGAGCUGCGGCCAUGUCCGGGUCAAACGUGUGGACCCGGAGCAGAGAGAAGCUCCGAGCUUUCCCUGAACUGUUCGCUCAGUGUUCAGCAGAGGCAACAGUGUAUGGGAAGUGUGUGGCAGCCACCACGACAGGCAGACAGGAGUUGAAGAAGGACAUGUGUGCCAAGGAGUUUGAAGCACUGAAGACCUGCUUUACAAACGCAGCCAAGAAAAGAGUCAAAUAAAUGGAAACCGCCCUCCUCAUGUUGGAGCCACAGAAAUCAACAGUUCAGUGCUGUGGCAGAAGACGUGCAUUUCCAAGUGCUGAGUGGCUUGUGAGGUUGAAAGGGACCGAACAUGACUGCUUCCUGAUGCUGGGAAGCAACUGACUGUAAUGCAGCUUGACAAAGGACAUUGUAAAUAUGGACACUCAUCACUCAUUAUUGCCAUCCAUCAGUUAUUUUUGAACAGUGCAUCUUUGCCUAGAAUGAGUAAGAUUGAUUUAAAUGUGUACUGUAGAGAUGUGAAUAAACUACAAUAAUUGUCCCGUGGUUGUAUCCCCCUGCCCACCAGUGCAGUUUCAGUCUACUUACAGUGACCACUGAAAUCUAAUCAGUUCAGCUUUGAGUCCAAGUGACAACUGGUCAACAUUUGAUGAAAUUCCUUAGUCAGACUUGAGAAAUCAUGUGCAUGACGACAGAGGUUUUUUGAAUCCACUUUGACCUUGACCUUUGAGCCCCCACAUAUAAUCAGUUCAUCCCUGAUUCCAAGUGAACGCUUCAUGCCAGAACACAUCCUGCCUCCAGCCACUGGGUGUCGCCAGCGUGGGGGUCACAAAACAAUGCUUCCAUCUGUCUAUAUUAUAAACAAACACUCACAACCUC